CUGCGUCCAGAUCUCCACAUGUUCGUCCUGCGUUAGCCUGUAGUAACCCAGAAUUAACGCCCGGCAACCGUCGUUUUUAGUCUUGCAGCUCUGAAAAUCAGUUUCAGUGCUUAAAAUCGAUUUCAUUUGUUUUGUUGGUAGACGCAUUAGGUGCUCUGUUAGGUACUUAGCACACAGUAUGUUCAGUAAAUGAAUCUCUUUUUGUAAGGUCGUACUGAAGGUUUUGUUGUGGUGCUGUUUGUUCACCAAAUGUGCAAUCAAUGCUCUUGUCCCAGUUUGGUAGGGCUAUACGAGUUCCACCCUCUGUCCUGCUACUUGUUGGUCUAUCAUGAUACCUCUAGAGAUCAGAAUCAGCUAGUGGAUGGUUAUAAACUUAGAAUAUCUUUGCAGCUUGCUUGAUGUCAAACAUCCCGUGUUUAAGUCUCGGUUGAUGUGCUUGGCAGAUCUGGAGUUCGAUUAUAUCAACCCGUUUGAUUCAUCCUCUCGAAUCAAUAAAGUGGUUAUGCCAGAAUUUAUAGUGCAAGCACUUCUAAGUGCAUUAUUCCUCUUAUCUGGGCAUUGGGCGAUGUUCUUGCUUUCUGCCCCAAUGGUGUACUAUAACUAUACAUUGUACCAGCGUCGGCAGCAUCUUGUAGAUGUGACAGAGAUAUUUAACCAUCUUUCACGGGAGAAGAAGCGCCGUCUUUUUAAGAUAGCUGCUCUUAUCGUCCUCCUAUUCUUGUCCUUGUUCUGGAUGAUUUGGAGUGUACUGGAGGAGCACGAGUAGAAUGAGAGAAACACUGUGAUAGCUCAACCUGGUCCUGCAGCCAUUAGUUAGGUAUUACGACGGUGUCCUCGUGGCCUGCUGAACACCUACUCCGAUGCCGUUAUUAUUCAUAUGAAAGCCUUUUGGAUAACUUUAGGGUGUCUAGAGAAACGAUGCAAGCAGAAGGGCGAAGACUACGUGUCCAGGGUGCUUCUUGUUGCUCGCGCCUAGUGCGAAAUCUCCUGCUGUUGUAGCGUGUAACAUAACAUGUAAGUUAGGAGCCACUCCGUAUUUAUUUGAUCGUGCAUCCGUUCAUAUGGGGCGAAGGAAUUGCUGCACCCAACUGUGCAUGGUUUUGUUGGAACUGACAUUUUCAUGUCUUGUGUUGCCUUGCACCUUUAUAAUGCGGUUGAUUAUGUUGA